AUGUCUGGAGAGAAACGCCCGGCCCAAGAGGCCUUCGGGUCUUCAAGCCAGCUCGUGGUCAAACGAAAGAAGUCCGAUGCCGACCUCAACCCCAGCGCAGUCGUCAAAAGCUCGUCGCAAAAUGGAUCUCUCGUCCAGGCCUACGGUUUGACCCGACCGCCCAACACAUUGCAUCCGGUUCAAUGGACCGAUCCAUUUGUAUGUCCCGUCCAACCAUCCACCUCGGCCGCUGUUACUGACUAUGAUAUGUGUGGGGUAGUGCUGUGGAACACUUAUGGCCAGUGUGAAAACUACGGCCAAUUGAUAGGCCAUAAAGGCGCGGUUUUGGACCUGCAAUGGUCGCGCGAUUCACGAGCGCUUUUCUCGGCGUCGGCGGACAUGACCCUCGGGAGCUGGGAUCUCGAGACUGGACAGCGUGCACGCCGCCAUGUCGGCCACGAGGAAAUCAUUAAUUGCCUUGAUAUCAGCAAGCGAGGGCAGGAGUUGCUGGUCAGUGGCAGUGAUGACGGGUGCAUAGGCAUUUGGGAUCCGCGGCAGAAAGAUGCCCUCGAUUACCUCGAGACUGAACUCCCCAUCACAGCGGUCGCUCUCUCUGAAGCUGGGAACGAGAUUUAUAGCGGUGGGAUUGACAACACGAUUCAUGUGUGGGACCUCCGGAAGAAAGCUAUCGUCUACUCGAUGACUGGGCACACCGAUACCGUCACAUCGCUGCAGAUCUCACCCGACUCACAAACCUUGCUUUCCAACUCUCACGACUCGACAGUCCGGACAUGGGACAUCCGGCCCUUUGCCCCAGCCAAUCGGCAGGUGACUACGUACGAUGGCGCCCCCGCCGGGCUGGAGAAGAACCUCCUCCGGGCCAGCUGGGAUCCCAAAGGUGAGAAGAUCGCCGCAGGGAGCGGCGACCGCAGUGUAGUUGUAUGGGAGGCCAAGACUGGGAAACUCCUGUACAAACUCCCCGGUCACAAGGGCACAGUCAACGACGUGCGAUUCUCCCCUAAUGAUGAACCGAUCGGUAGGUCUCUUUGA